CCCAACCCCUGAUUUUUCGUGUGUUUUUUUCUGUGCAAUUUUGAGAAUUUCUAAAAUUAAAGUUUUUCAGGCUUAUUAAAUACUUUUUGCAUAUUCUACUUGAUCCCUUUUAAAUAAUUAAGACAACAAACAUGCCGGCUUAUCAUUCACAAAUCAAGGAUUAUAAUCAAUCAGUAGCCAAUAUGGCAUUACUUCCGUUACGAACGCAAUUCCGUGGACCAGCACCACAAUCAAAUAUCGAGCAGGAUAUAAUUGAUGAAUCAAUUUAUUUUUUUAAAGCCAAUAUCUUCUUUAGAACGUAUGAAGUUAAAAAUGAGAUAGAUCGUGUGCUAAUUUAUGUGACACUUUACAUCCCAGAAUGCUUGAAGAAACUCCAAAGAUGCCCAAACAAGAAUCAAGGAAUGCAAGAAAUGUAUUCACUUGCCAUUAGCAAAUUUGACAUUCCUGGCGAAGCUGGAUUUCCUCUAAACUCUGUUUAUGCAAAGCCUCAAACUACAGCAGAAGCUGAUUUAAUGCGUAAUUAUUUGACCCAAAUUCGUCAAGAGACUGGAAAUAGAAUUUGUGAAAAGGUUUUCAACACAGAAGACGGUCGCCCAAAUAAAUUUUGGAUGUGCUUCUCAAAGAAGAAGUUUAUGGAAAAGAGCCUCGGAACUUAUUAGAGAAACUGACGUCACUUCCGAUUUUCUUUCUUAAAAGUAUUCUUCUUUUUUUAUUAUUGAACAAAUAUUGUACUGCAAUUAAUAAAAUUCACUAUAUAAUUAAAAUAAUCAAAAA